AUGGCCGUGCCCGCCCGCACUUCCAACUCGUCUUCUUUGGCACAGCAGGAUGGACAAGUUCGCAAGACUGCCCAGCUGCAGAUCAUCGACGAGAACCAGCACUUCACGCCCAACCUAUCAAAGUACCUUACCAAGUGGAACUUGAUAGACAGUGGAUUCGACUACAAUGUCGUCGCCGUGUUCGGGUCGCAGUCAACGGGCAAGUCGACGCUCUUGAACCGUCUCUUCGGCACUACCUUCGAUGUCAUGGACAGCAAGCGCCGCCAGCAGACGACGAAAGGUAUCUGGAUGUGCCCAUCGGCGUAUUCGUCCGCCCUUGUCAUGGAUGUCGAGGGUACGGACGGCCGUGAGCGCGGUGAGGACCAGGACUUUGAGCGCAAGAGUGCGCUCUUCUCCCUCGCAAGUAGCGAGGUCUUGAUCGUCAACAUUUGGUGCCACCAGAUCGGUCUCUACCAGGGUGCCAACCUCGGCCUACUCAAGACCGUCUUUGAGGUCAAUCUCAGCCUCUUCGGCGGAAGCGCAGAAGCAGCAGCGCGGCCGAAGGAGAAGACGCUCAUCCUCUUUGUGAUCCGCGACCACUCGGGCUACACAACGAUCGACAGCUUGUCUGACACGCUCAAGGACUCCAUGGCCGAGAUUUGGCAGAGUCUCUCCAAGCCAACUCAUCUCGCGAACGCCAAGCUCGAGACAUACUUUGACCUGUCGUUCGCCGUCCUGCCGCACAAGAUUCACCAGCCCGAGAAGUUUGAGGCCGACGUCGUGGAGUUGAGGAAGCGUUUCGUGGACAAGACGCGCCCCGACUACGUUUUCCAGCCCGCCUAUCACAAGCGCAUUCCCGCCGAUGGCCUCAGCCACUACAUGGAGGGCAUAUGGGCGCAGGUCCUCGCUAACAAGGACCUUGACUUGCCGACGCAACAAGAGCUCCUUGCCCAGUUCCGCUGCGAUGAGCUCGCGGCUGGUGUCACCGAGGUGUUCAACGUCAGCGCCAAGACGGUGCGCCGUCCGAUUGAGAGCGGCAAGGUUGUACCUGGUCUCGGCAAGCUCAUGGCCGAGUGGUUGCAGGUUGCUCUGAGUGACUUUGACGCCGCUGCCUCGCGCUACCAUGUUGGCGUGUACACACGCAAGCGUCAGGACCUUGUUACCAACCUCCAUGCCGCCUUGUCGUCGCUCUACCUUGGCGAGCUUAAAAACGCGAACAAGGCCGCGUCGGCCAAGUUCGUAACCGACUUGGCUGCCGCGCUAAAGGAGCCAUCGUAUGACUUUGCCGAGGUUGUGUCUCGGUGCACGCGUGACGCCCGCGAGUCCUUCCUCUCUGUCGCCAAGGAGAGCACCGUCGCGGGGUCAGGGUGGGAAUACGAGCAGGAGCUGGCGAUGCUGGACGACAACCUUAAGGCAAUCGCGGACAAGUCGCGCGCGGACGAGACCAAGAAGAUGGUCAACGGCGUGGAGCGGACCGUCAAGAGGCAGCUUUACGAGCCAGUCGAGAUUGCGCUCAGCAAGCCCUCCCCUACCAUGUGGGACAAGGUCCUGGCGACAUACCGUGACGUGACGGACUCGGCUGAGAAGUCGUAUCUGAAGAAGGCCAGAGCAUACGACUGCACCGAGGAGGAGAAUGACUCGGCACUCAAGAGCCUGUUGACGCGCUCGUGGCUGGCACUCCGCCAUAAGCUGGAAGAGCAGACUGCCGAUCCAGUCGUGCUUUCCACGUUGCGCGACAACUUCGAGCAGCGGUUCCGAUAUGACGAGAACGGAGUGCCGCGUGUCUGGCGACCAGAGGACGAUCUCGAAGGCGCCUUCAAGAAGGCGCGCGACGAGACACUCACUCUCCUGCCCCUCUUUGCCAAGGUGGCGCCAGAGGAUGAGGAGCUGCUUCCGACCUUGCCUGUGCCAGACACCACGGACACCGACGCCGACCCCGAGAAGUUUGACCCCGACACCGCAUUUGUGCUCGUCAAGGCAUCUCGCCUCUCGCAGCUCGAAGCGCGAUUCAAGCGCGAGGCCGACGCCGCGUACGUCGAAGCCAAGCGCAGCAUGGUAUCAAGCAUCUCCCAGAUUCCGAUGUGGAUCUACGGCGCCCUCGUCGUGCUGGGCUGGAACGAAGCCAUGGCUGUCCUCUUUAACCCGCUGUACUUUGCCAUGCUCCUUGUCGCCGCCGCCAGCGCCUACAUCGUCCUGCAGCUCGGCCUCGCCGGCCCUAUCCUCCAGGUGACGCGCACCGUCGCAAACGAGGUCAAGAGGAUAGCGACCGAGAAGCUGCGCGAGGCGUUUGCCGAGCCCGCGCCGCAGCGCACGCUCGAGCGGCCCCACCUUGCUGAGCCGGUGGCCAACUCGAGCCGCCCUGAGAGACGGGGCCAGUUUGAGCAGUUUGAGCUUGAGGAGAAGUAG